AGCACACAAUUUCUUGAUACAAAUAUGGGGAAUAUUAGUCAUUCUUGGCACAUCAUCAAUUCCCUCAUGGACACAACACAAUAAAACCAAUAUUACUAAUCAUUGAAAAAUGCCUAUAGUGAUGACAUCAUGGAAGUUCCCAAGUUUUCUAGCUAUUUUGUUUACUUUGUUAUCUUAUUCUUUCUCUUCAAUAUUCACCAUAACAAACAACUGCUCCCAUACUAUAUGGCCCGGGACACUCUCCGGUGCCGGCUCACCGCCACUUCCAACGACCGGAUUCCGGCUGGACUCAGGCCAAAUGAUGAAACUCACAAGUGUGCCAGGGUGGUCAGGAAGGAUAUGGGCUAGGACUGGCUGCACAUUUGAUGCAACAGGAAUUGGUAAGUGCCAAACUGGUGAUUGUGGUGGAAGGCUGGAAUGUGAUGGAAAUGGUGCAGCUCCUCCUACCUCAUUGUUUGAGAUAACACUUGGUAAAGGCAAUGAUCAAGACUACUAUGAUGUCAGCAUGGUGGAUGGCUACAAUCUGCCACUGCUUGUGCAACCAAGAGGUGUAUAUGGUACUGGGGUCUGUAAUGCCACAGGUUGUGUCACUGACAUCAAUAGAGGUUGUCCAAAAGAACUUCAAGUAGUUGGUGGAGAUGCAUACCAAGAUGGUGUAGUUGGGUGUAAGAGUGCUUGUGAGGCAUUUGGAUCGGAUCAGUACUGCUGCAGUGGAGAAUUUGCCAAUCCAACGACAUGCCAGCCUUCCUAUUAUUCAACCCUUUUCAAGCAGGCUUGUCCAAAAGCCUAUAGCUAUGCAUUUGAUGAUGCCACCAGCACUUUCAUUUGCAAAGCUUUUGAAUAUGACAUUAUUUUUUGUCCCAAUGGCAACAAGGUUAAAAAACCAAAUGGUGCAUUUCCACCUCCACCACCAUCAAUUGGAUGGCCAGAUCAGAAGUUUCAGCAGCAGGUUCAUUCUUCUUCAUAUAUUCUCUUACCCUGUACAGUGACAUUCUUUCUCUUUGUUGCCACUCUCUCUGUGCUUGCAGCAAAGACUCAGACAUUAAUAUGAGAAAAUGUCAGAAGAGAAUACCACACAAGUGUUUUCUUGAAAGGAAGAGAGAAACAAAAAAGACAAGGAGAUGAAAAUUGUGAGAACAGAAUUGUGUGGAACACAUGAGGGUCCUAAGGAAACAAAUAAGUGCAGAAAUUACUCUUCCAAAACUCCAACAAGUUGGUACUGAUUAAUAACCAAUGGCCAUCCACUAGACAUCUAGCCAUAAUUUCAGUUUUCCCACUAUCCUCUCAAGAUAACUUGUAAAUGCAAAAAAAAAAAAAAAUCUUUGGAAUAAAACAUCAAGUCAUGAAGUCAUUUGAUAUGUAACCAGGAAUAUGAGAACCCUCAAAGUUGUUCUCCCAUGUGUUAUAUGACCAAAUUUAAUAUUUGAGUAUAACAAUUCAUGGCAUAAAGAAUAAACUAUGGAACUU